GGCUAUGGAGCUGCUGGUGGGAAAGGAGGAAAGAACACCAUGAUGCGAUCCCACGGCGUGUCUGUGCUGGGAAUUUUUGACCUCCAGAAGGAUGAUACUUUGUAUAUCUUGGUGGGACAGCAAGGAGAAGAUGCUUGUCCUAGUACUAAUGAUGUUAUACAGAAGGUCUGCAUUGGCGAGAACAAUGUGAUUGAAGAAGAGAUACGUGUCAACAGAAGCAUCAAUGAAUGGGCAGGAGGAGGUGGAGGCGGGGGAGGUGCAACUUACAUAUUUAAGAUGGAGAAUGGAGAACCAGUCCCUUUGAUAAUUGCAGCAGGAGGUGGUGGCAGGGCCUACAGGGCCAAAACAGACACUUUUCAUCCUGAAAGGCUGGAGAAUGAUUCCUCUGUUCCAGGGUUGAAUGGAAAUUCAGGAGCUGCAGGUGGUGGAGGUGGCUGGAAUGAUAACACUUCCUUCCUGUGGUCAGGAAAAUCCUUGCUGGAAGGUGCUACUGGAGGAAGAUCCUGCCCCCAGGCCAUGAAGAAGUGGGGGUGGGAGACAAGAGGGGGUUUCGGAGGGGGUGGAGGGGGGUGCUCCUCAGGUGGAGGAGGCGGAGGAUAUAUAGGUGGCAAUGCUGCAGCGGAAAAUGACCCAGAGAUGGAUGGGGAGGAUGGUGUUUCCUUUAUUAAUCCAAUUGGUACUUUAUACACUCCAGCACUUAAAGUGACAGAGGGGCACGGAGAGGUGGCUAUUAGGCUGCAUCUUAACUGCAGUCACUGUGAGAUGGACGAGUGCCGUGUUGAUGUGGAGACUCAAAAAGUCAUUUGCUACUGUGAGCCAGGCACAGAGUUGGCUGAGGAUGGCGUGUCUUGCAUAGGUAAGUAGGUGUAUGCACCAGCGGCUCAUGUCCCUCUCUCCUUGGUCUUAUCUGUGGUGACUUCAGCAUUGGUGGCUGCUUUAAUUUUGGCUUUUUCAGGAAUCAUGAUAGUAUAUCGUCGGAAGCACCAGGAGCUACAAGCCAUGCAGAUGGAGUUACAGAGCCCAGAAUAUAAACUGAGCAAGCUGCGCACCUCCACUAUCAUGACAGACUACAAUCCCAACUACUGCUUUGCAGGAAAGACCACAUCCAUUAGUGACCUCAAAGAGGUGCCUCGAAAAAACAUCUCCCUCAUCCGGGGUUUGGGCCAUGGAGCCUUUGGUGAGGUAUAUGAAGGUCAGGUGGCAGGGAUCCCCAGCGACCCCACUCCCUUGCAGGUGGCUGUGAAAACACUGCCAGAAGUGUGUUCGGAGCAAGAUGAGCUGGACUUCCUCAUGGAAGCUCUCAUUAUUAGCAAGUUCAACCACCAGAAUAUUGUGCGCUGUAUUGGGGUGAGUUUGCAGGCACUGCCCCGUUUCAUCCUGCUGGAGCUCAUGGCUGGAGGUGACCUGAAAUCGUUCCUGAGAGAGACGCGACCUAGACCGAAUCAGCCCUCCUCCCUUUCCAUGCUGGACUUGCUCCAUGUGGCUCGUGACAUUGCUUGUGGAUGUCAGUACCUGGAGGAGAACCACUUCAUUCACAGGGAUAUUGCUGCCAGAAACUGCCUCCUUACCUGUCGAGGGCCUGGGAGAGUGGCUAAAAUUGGAGACUUUGGAAUGGCCCGGGAUAUAUACAGGUAG